GCUGCCAGGGAUGUCGUUCCACAGCCACAGCCUCUCGGAGGUGGAGGCGUUCCGCGCCCAGGUGCCCUGGCGUGGCGGUGGCGUUUCCCGCACGCCCGCAGGCGGCUCGGGGGGCGACGAGCUCACCCAGUUCAUGGGCGACGAGAUCUCGCGCAUCAUCCAGACGCAGCGGGACCUGGAGAGGCAGUACGAGGAGCUGAUCGCGCAGAGGGGCAAGCUGAAGGGCCUGUGCAACAAGGCCAUGUUCAAGGAGACGCAGAACGAGAUCCAGGCGGUGGCCCACCAGCUGAAAGAGAGCAACAAGACGCUGUGUCGGACGAAUCUGAGGGAAAACCCGAACGUGCAGGGCAACCUGCAGAAGAUGCAGUUGGAGAGAGCGCAGGUGCAGGAGUGGCUCGAGGAAACGAAGACCGAGCUGCUUGACAAGUCGUUCGCCGGCCUGGCGGGGAAGGUGGAGGCCGAGAAGCGCGAGCAGGACCGCCUGAACGACAUCCGCAAGAAGGAGAAGGAGGCGUCGCAGAACGUGAAGCAGCUGGAGGCCGAGCUGCAGCGGGAGUACGCGGACAACGAGAAGGAGACGAAGACCAACAAUCAGCAGAUCAAGGAGCUCAAGGAGGAGCUCCAGCAGAGCAGGACGAUCAGCGACAUCGAGUUCAAGUUCGAGGAGAAGAAGUUCCGCGCACGAGAGCAG